CACGCGUGUGUUUCUGCGGUGUUUGUUUCUGUAUCUAGCGAAGUAGUUUAGUUGGAGUUAAACAUACGAUUAUAUGUGAUAGUUGUGUAACUAUUUGAACGAUGGGUAAAAUCUGAAACAUCUGCUAUCCGUGGUCGAUUCGUCUGUCCCCAGUGUAGAUGUUAACUAACACUGUGAUAGCUGGCUCUAUUUAAUGCUUUAUAUUGUUUAGGCUGCAACCAGUCUUUCUGACAUGGCGUCGCCUGCACCGGGAGUCCAGAACAAGAACCGGGUGGCCAUUUUGGCUGACCUGGACAAGGAGAAGAGACGCUUGAUACAGAACUCAUCCAUGAAUAACCCUGCAGCCAGACCUGGCCUGAAUAAAGCCUUCAGAGACCACACUGAGCAGCAGCACAUCGUUGCCCAGCAGGAAGCAGCUCUGCAGCAUGCCCAUACACACUCUUCUGGUUUCUUCAUCACUCAAGACUCGUCCUUCGGGAACCUGAUCCUCCCCGUGCUGCCACAACCAGACCCACCUUCAGCAGCAGAACUACAGAACCUUUAAAAGAAAACAUGGCAGAAAGACCAACGGCUAGAAGUAGCAGUUGGCCACGGUGUGUUACAGAUCAGCUGUUUGGUGUUGUCGAAUCCACAUGUAGAAUCGUCGGGAAAUUACCUGAAAUUGGCUGUCGAUAUUCUGGUCAGAGGUGAUAUGAAAUUGGCUGUCGAUAUUCUGGUCAGAGGUGAUAUGAAAUUGGCUGUCGAUAUUCUGGUCAGAGGUGAUAUGAAAUUGGCCCCCGCUGCUUUUCAGAACAUUUAACCAUUAACUGUUUCUUCCCUUCCAGAGGGAAAAGCCCUCAUUCUGAUUGGCUGGGCCUGACUCCCCAGUCGGUGGGCCUAUGCCCUACCAGGUCCACCCAGAGGGAGGCCACUAGACCUUCCAGGAUAUGACAAAUGGACAUUUUUUGUUAACUUUAAAACUGAGGAGUAUUGUGGUCUGUAAUAAAGCCCUUUGAGGAAAAACUCAUUCUGAUUGGCUGGGCCUGACUCCCCAGUGGGUGGGCCUGACUCCCCAGUGGGUGGGCCUGACUCCCCAGUGGGUG